CUGAAACUUCCAAACACCACAAAUGAUAUAAAGACAUAUUUUGCAUUAAAAUACACAAUGUCGGACGAGCUGCCAGAGGAUUAUGACCUGAUUGUAAUAGGAACAGGCUUUGUCGAGUCCUGCAUCGCUGCUGCGGCCAGCCGUAUUGGUAAGAAUGUACUUCAUAUUGACGCCAAUGAGUAUUAUGGCGACGUUUGGAGUUCAUUUAACUUGGACGCAUUAAUCAACCUGCUGGAACAGAGACCUGAAGCUUCGCUGCGUAAUGCUACGUACCGUUGGCAUGACCGAAGCACAUCCACUGAACCGAUAUCACCCAGCCAUCAUCCGUGGACACGGGAAGCAUUGCUGGCCAAGUCGCGUCGGUUCAGCAUUGAUCUAUGUCCGCGUAUUCUUUAUGCCGCCGGUCAGCUAGUUCAAUUGCUUAUCAAGUCUAACAUUUGCCGUUACGCCGAAUUUCGUGCUUUAGACCAUGUGUGCAUGCGGUACAAUGAAGAAAUCGUGCCAGUUCCUUGCUCACGCAGCGACGUCUUCAACACGAAGGCGUUAAGCAUAGUCGAGAAACGUCUGUUGAUGAAAUUCCUCAAUGGCUGUCAAGUCUAUAACAUAAAAAAGUGCAAUGAUGACACCCUUGCCUUUCGAGGCAAGACGUUCCAGGACUACCUACAGUCGCAGCGCGUCACAGAGAAGAUAGCUUCAUGUAUCAUGCAAUCUAUAGCUUUAAGCAAUGUUAACACCAGUUUCGAAGAGGGUAUGGAACGUACGCAGCGUUUUUUGCGCAGCCUAGGACGUUACGGCAACACACCCUUUCUGUUUCCAAUGUACGGCUGUGGCGAGUUGCCGCAGUGUUUUUGUCGGCUAUGCGCUGUCUAUGGCGGUAUUUACUGCCUAAAGCGCGCCGUAGAUAACGUAAGCCUCGAUGCAGAUACGAACGAAGUACUAUUGAGCAGCGCUGGGAAAACGUUGCGUGCCAAGAAUUUGGUCUGUGCCUUUGGACAAGUACCUUCACAAAUAGCUUCGAACUUUGGCGAGCUGCGGUAUAAUAUCUCACGUGCCGUAUAUAUUACCGCUCAUCCCCUGGGCGGUGAGGAACUUAACAAAGGUGGCGGCGGUGUCAACAUGAUGCGGUUGCUGACGGAUAGCGGAGAUCGGGAUGCAAUUUUUAUACAAUUGUCCCACUAUUCGGGCACAUGCCCUGAAGGACUGUAUAUUUUUCACUUGACUACGCCGGCUGCAAGUAACGAUCCAGCUGACGAUUUAUCACCGUUUACUGCCCAAAUUUUUCAAAACAAUGAACCCGAAAUACUUUUUAGCUCAUUUUUUACUAUAACAUCGUCGACUUUUUCGCAUUCAAAUACUUCACCCAUAUUCUGCACCGAUGCCCCCAGUUAUGAGCUGGACUACGAUGCUGCGAUUGCCAAUGCCCGCGAUAUUUUUGGACGCAUUUAUGCUGGUUCAGAGUUCCUGCCACGCGCCCCCGACCCUGAGGAAAUUGUCGUUGAUGGCGAAGAUCCUAGUGCCUUGAGUGAGCAUAAUUUGCCAGAUGACUUGCGGUCGCAACUGCACGAUCUUGAACACUCGACUCAACUAAUAGACAUAGGGGAAUGAGAGAGUGGGUCGAACAUCUUUACACAUUUAUCUUUUUUAAUCAUAUUAAAAUAUAUUUGUUUUGGACAAUUGCUUAUAUUUUUAAUACAGUCACGUGGCAAUACCAA